GCCAAAUGAAGACCAAUGUACUACAUCAGUAUUACUUGUGGUCGAACUUGUCUACCUGUUUUAGGAAGAAUUGGGACUUUUGAUACUCAGUCUGUAAGAAGGAUUCCUUUUAGAACUUUUUCAGAAACACCAGCAUACUUUGCUUCAAAAGAUGGCGCGAGCAAGGAUGGUUCUGGCGAUGGCAAUAAGAAAUCUGUCAGCGAGGGAGGCAGUAAAAAGUCAAGUUCUGGAAACUCAGGGAAAGGAGGAAACCAGCUGCGGUGUCCCAAGUGUGGUGACCUGUGCACACAUGUAGAAACUUUUGUGUCUUCCACCCGCUUUGUGAAGUGUGAAAAAUGUCACCAUUUUUUUGUUGUGCUGUCAGAGGCAGACUCAAAGAAGAGCAUUAUUAAAGAGCCCGAAUCAGCAGCAGAAGCUGUAAAAUUGGCAUUCCAACAAAAGCCUCCUCCUCCGCCAAAAAAAAUAUACAACUACCUCGACAAGUAUGUUGUUGGUCAAUCUUUUGCCAAGAAGGUGCUGUCAGUUGCUGUGUACAAUCAUUACAAAAGAAUAUACAACAAUAUCCCGGCUAAUUUGAGACAGCAAGCUGAAGUUGAAAAGCAAACGUCUUUAACACCUAGAGAAUUAGAAAUAAGAAGACGGGAGGAUGAGUACAGAUUUACAAAACUUCUGCAGAUUGCUGGAAUAAGUCCCCAUGGCAAUGCUUUGGGAGCAUCAAUGCAGCAACAAGUGAACCAGCAGAUGCCUCAGGAGAAACGAGGAGGCGAAGUACUAGAUUCAAACCACGAUGAUAUCAAGCUUGAAAAAAGUAAUAUUUUGCUGCUUGGACCAACUGGGUCAGGUAAAACGCUGUUGGCUCAAACUCUAGCUAAAUGCCUUGAUGUACCUUUUGCUAUCUGUGACUGUACUACCUUAACUCAAGCUGGUUACGUAGGUGAAGAUAUUGAAUCUGUUAUUGCAAAACUACUGCAAGAUGCCAACUACAAUGUAGAAAAAGCUCAACAAGGAAUUGUUUUUCUGGAUGAAGUAGAUAAGAUUGGCAGUGUGCCAGGCAUUCAUCAGUUGCGGGACGUAGGAGGAGAAGGCGUCCAACAAGGCUUGUUAAAGUUACUAGAAGGUACAAUAGUAAAUGUUCCAGAAAAAAAUUCCCGUAAACUGCGUGGAGAGACGGUGCAGGUUGAUACAACAAAUGUCCUCUUUGUAGCUUCUGGUGCCUUUAAUGGUCUUGACAGAAUCAUCAGCAGGAGGAAAAAUGAAAAGUAUCUUGGUUUUGGCACGCCAUCUAAUUUGGGGAAAGGCAGAAGGGCUGCUGCAGCAGCUGACCUCGCUAACAUAAGUGGGGAGUCCAAUACACAACAAGAUAUUGAAGAAAAAGAUCGCUUGUUGCGGCAUGUGGAAGCCAGAGAUCUCAUUGAAUUUGGCAUGAUUCCAGAAUUUGUGGGACGUUUACCUGUGGUGGUUCCCUUGCAUAGUCUGGAUGAGAAAACACUUGUACGGAUUCUUACUGAGCCACGAAAUGCUGUGAUUCCUCAAUACCAGGCAUUAUUCAGCAUGGAUAAGUGUGAAUUGACUGUUACUGAGGAUGCAUUGAAGGCUAUAGCCAGACUGGCGCUAGACAGAAAGACUGGGGCAAGAGGUCUUAGAUCUAUCAUGGAAAAGUUGUUGCUGGAGCCCAUGUUUGAAGUACCCAAUUCUGACAUUAUAUGUGUGGAAGUUGACAAAGAAGUUGUGGAAGGCAAAAAAGAACCAGGAUACAUUAGGGCUCCAACUAAAGAUUCAUCUGAAGAGGAGUAUGACUCAGGAGUUGAAGAAGAAGGCUGGCCUCGUCAAGCAGAUGCUGCAAACAAUUAAAUAGUGUCAGUGUUCUCCUGCAUAUUGUGUGCUUGGUCAUUUUUAAGAUCAUUAUCUGGCAUUCUAGUCUGAUAAUAAAAGCGUUGGAACUAUCCUGGAUAUAUAAUACAUGGUCAAAAAACUUGGAUUUUUAAAAAAUCAGAUCAUGUAUUUUAUUGUAACAUCACAUUGAUUUAUUCAGAGGACAUUAUUUGGACUUUAAUAGCAUAAUGUUCAAAUAUAAAUUGUACAUUAUGUUCAGUUUUUAAAUGUGCUUUAACAAAAAUUCUAGAAUACAAUAAAGAUGUUACUUAAAAAAUGCAGGUGUCACCAAUCGUUAAAUUGUACAAUAAUGUUACUCUAUAAAUGGGCAAACAAGUUUAAUAUAAAAUAGAGGAUAACAAAACUAUUAAUUUUGCAUAUAUUUCACUCACGUGGGUUAAGUUCAUUCACUGUAAAUGCCAGUGUUAGGUUUAUGUCCAUUUGGAACCCAAAUGGAUGCUGGAGAGACUUGUUACAUUGUCAUGAAAAAUUCCCCAGAAACUGGAUUUUGAGAAAAAAAUACACAUGUUAUGCAACUAGGCUAAAAUGUAACACUAAAUUGUUAUAAUAAUUGGCUGCAAUACCAUGUCAUAUUAUUUACUUACCUUAGCAUCACAUGUAGGUUUUAAUGGACCUUUCAAAUACUGAGAGCAAGUGGAACUAGAAGUCUGAAUUUCUUUUGGAAGGAAACAAUUUACAGGAAGUAGUAGACCAUGGAUUCAGAUAUUACAAUGUUGGCCUAAAAAUUUAAAUAUUAAUGUUCUAUAUAGUACAUUUUGUUUGAAGUAUUGGAACUAUCAUGCAUCAGUUUUUUGGUGCCAGAUAUUUGCCCACCUAUCUUAUAACAUUAAGAGAGAAAAAAAAAGUGAAUGUAUAGUAUUUUUGAUGUAAUCAAUAGUGACUGUUCACAUGACAGUGCUUUUUUAAGUUAUAUGCUUAAAUGCUGGUGUUGCUUCUUGUGUUCUUUGUCGCUUGGUUUUAGAGUUUCAGCAAAGCAAAAAAGCCCUAACUUUGUUUUACACUCUAAUUAACUUGUUCCUUUAGGAAAGUAUUUGUAAAGCACUAAAGGACUUGUAUGUUUUUGAUUAUUUCAGAAAUUAAAAUAUAUGACAACUA